AUGGCAGAGCAAGUUAGCAAGAAGAAACUCUCCCCAACUGCUUGUAUCUGUCUCCUGUCGCGCCUGAAAUGCCAGGAAAACUACCUAGUUAAUGUGCAGACUCCCCUGGAAGUUCACUUCUCAGACGAGGAAGAAGCUCCUGAGGAAAGAAAGCUUCUGGCUGAGAUUGACGUCCUACGAGAUCGCCUGGCGGUGAAUUUUAUCGCCGGAAGGACCACAGCACACAACACCGUGGCCAGAGUUCGCGAAGCCAUUGAGGAUUUCAAAGGAAUGGGCGCCAAUAUUCAACAGUACGACUUGAGGGAGUACAGGGAGAGAAUUCUGCAGAUUGAAGAGAAUCUCGUGCGUGUUCAGAACACCAAUAAGCUCAAUCUGGGCAAAUUGAAGUUUGAAAAUUUGGAUAUCCUAGCCACAAUACCACCAGCAGCAGAUCUCCUGAGGGAUGACUGCAAGAAGCACUCAACAAUUCCCAACAGACUCUCGCAGAUGCGUUCCGGAAACCUCAAACCAAUCGACGAGGAGAUUUAUCGGGAUGUCAGGAAGUUUGAUCAAUUCCUAGAGGACUAUGGGGGUCACACUGGAGGUUGGGGAGAGGAGCAGCAUAUGAUUUUCAUGAGAAACAAAACAAAAUACCAAGGAAACGUGAAAAGGAUCACAGAAAAUCUCCUGGAUCUCGUUCCUGGCCUCUCUGCGGAGGAUAUUGAGAACCACAACAAAUGGUAUGAGGAGUACAUAAGACUCAAGGCGAAUCGCAAGAAAAGCCUAGAAGAAUGGAGAAAAUCUAAAUAA